AAUUGGCCUAGUUUAAUGUACUUGUAUGAUUCAUCUUGAGUGCAAUUUUCAAAGUGUGGUGCAAUAGGAUAUAUUUUUGUACUUGAAUAUCAAACAAGGUGAAUAUCACUGAAGGCUCACAAUUACUUUGCUGUUUCCCACCAAUCGUUUAUUUCUGAUUGAUACUGUAUUGUUUCAACAUGACUACAGCUCUAAAGAAAUCAAUCUUUCUGUCAGAUGAUGAUGUCACCAAACUUAUUACACUCCCUUGUGACUAUCUACGAUUUACAAUCCCCGAAGCACAUGGUAUUUCGCGAAGUAAAGUUGUUCCCAAAAAAUGCAUUGCUGAUUAUGUCGAGACAGGAAUAGCAGCUGGGAAUAUUUCUACCUUAGCGAGUCCACGAUGUAACGUUAUUCCAAUGGCCCUUUUAGAUUUAUCAGAAGAACGAUUUGAGAAUGUGUUUGCUGUUCCUGUCGUUGAUACGUUUAGGUUGCUCCCCUGGGCUGGUAAUGGGGAACAUAAAGUUGGUCAGGUGCUAUGUGACAUGUUCAAAGCUAAAGGAGAUGAGCUACCAACACCAAGAUCAGUAGCCAAGGCACAACUGGGCAGGCUUACAUCAAUGGGCUUAGAUCUCAUGAUCGGUCUUGAGUUUGAGUUUCAAUUAUUUCACGCUGAAACCAUGGAGCCUGUUUACAAAGGCACUGAUAUCUUCGCUGAUUUACUGUUCUUACAAAACGAAGGGAUUCUGUACAAGAUAGAAAAAGCAUUGUCUGAUAUAGGAAUACAAGUUCAGGCAAUGCAUGCUGAGUAUGGUGAUGGCCAAUUUGAAUUCGUGACAAAACCAGAGUUUGGAAUUAAAGCACUCGAUAACUUCUUCAGAUUCAAACUUGCUGUAAAAGAAGUUUGUCAGCAAGAAGGAUACAUCGCAUCAUUCAUGUCCAAGCCUUUCCCUGGGAUUUGCACAAAUGGUACCCAUUUCAACCACUCUCUUUGGAAAGAUGGCGUUAAUAUAUUCUCAGGGGAGAAUGACACUAAAAAGAUGUCUGAGUUUAUGAAGCAAUGGACAGCCGGCCUCCUAUCUCAUGCUAAAGCAAUGGCCUCCCUAUGUUGCCCAAGUGUAAACUGCUAUCGUAGGAUGCAUGAUAUGGCUCUACCAACACUCUGUAACUGGGGCAUCGAUAACAGAAUGGCCCUGAUGCGUGUCAAGAAUUACUCUCCAUCACAUACCUACAUUGAAAGUCGUCUCCCAUCUGGCAUUUCCAACCCUUAUAAUGUUGCAGCAGCUACCAUUGCUGCUGGCCUUGAUGGUGUUACAAACAAGCUUGAGUUGCCAAAGGAGUACGACCGUGAAGCUGCUGUGCUACCCAAAAUUUUUGCAGAGGCUCUAGAUGCCCUGAAAGAUGAUGUCAACUUUUGUGAGGCAUUGGGGGCAGAAUAUGCUAAGGAAUUUAUCAUGUUCAAGAAAGAAACAGAAGUUGAUAUCUUCCCGCAUGUGCUUGGAUCAGAUGAUGCAAGCUUUGCCAAAGAGAGGGACUCAUACUUUAAGUUUUGUUAAGACUCAGCUAAGACCCAUCAAUGGACCUCAUGCUGAACCUUUAUCAUGUUGAUUAGAUAUUCUGGUUAAUUAGUGCCAUCUAACCUUUACCCACAUUCAUUGUCUUUGAAAUCACAAGUGUGUAUUAGAUUAAACUACAUGUUGUUAACUUUGGACUGACAAAUUAAGACAAGGCAAAAUUGAUAAAUAUACAUAGUGCAUUAAUGGGCACAUUGUAUACAUCAUGGGGGUAGAGGAAGGAAAUGAGGCGGUGAUGGGAAUAGUAUAGACAAAAAAAAGCUUAGAAAACUUUUAGUAUUUUUUAUCAAAUAAGAUUAUAUAUACAUCAAUUUGCAAUUUACAAGUGUAUUAAUCAGCAGCUUAGAUUAUGAAAUUAAUUGGUGUUAAAUGAAAUAGAACACAUUCUCCUACCUUUUAUUAGUUAACUCAUUGAAAGGUAUUUGAAUGUAUGAUAAAAUAUGUCAUGUAUAUAGGCUUAAAUUGAAUAAAUAUGCUUUGAGUUUGUAAUUUUGAUAUAAAAUA